AUGUGGACUGCUUUCUUGGCCCUUCUCGUACGUCUCUUCUUCUUUAUUCCGGGGGAAUUGGAGUUGCCGUUCAUAACAUUGAUGUUGGUGAUUGUGUCUCCAUAUCAAAUUAUGAGGCUGAGAGGAACAAAGGAAGGUGUGAUUCUUUCAUUGGUAAUAGCAGCUUAUUUGGCUUUCCAGCAUUUUACAAGAGCCGGCAGCUUGGGAAAAGCUUUCGACCAAGGUUCAAUCAUUGCUACCUUAGCCACCAUCUGUAUUGUUGCUGUACCGUGCUUGCUUUUGAUCUAG